AUGACUAGAACACUAAGCGGCUACGGACAAGAUAAUGUUGGUCAAUAUGUGUUGAACGGAUCAUUCUCUGAAGAUACUGGAAAAAUUGAGAUGGCACAACGUUAUCAAAUCGGUACAGGAAAUCCGAAUGUAAAUUUGGGUCAUCAAGAUGUUAUUCAUCUUAGUUGGAACGCAUCAAGAAAAGUAUUUGAAGGCAUGGCGUACUCACAAGUUGGAGGGUGCUAUGUACCAGGGGCACUCAUUGAAAUGUCGCUUGUUUGA